AUGAACGCAAUCGCUAUCGAUCACUUGUAGUAGCCGCUAACAGAAAUGAAAAAUCUCUCCUCUGCAGAUUUCAGUAAAGAAAAUGGUGUUUCCCAUAGCCUGAGAAGCUGUUGAUCUUUGUAGUUUUUACAAUGAGAGAUGAGAGCAUGAAACCAGAUUCCCAGAAGAGGAAAACCUAUGAGAAGAAGAAGAUUAGAAGCCCAUUUUUGGAUUUAGGAAAUGUUCAGCAGAAAAGACCCAAACUGUCUUCUCCUGCGAGCAGUGGGAAACAGCGAUGGAAAUCCACCAAAGAGAACAUUUUGGCCGUACCCAUUUCACUGAAACCCCAGAAGAACGCAUCUCGCCUGCACAAAUGCCAGACUGGGGAAAAGCCCAUUCAGGUAUUAGAUUUGGAUGGCAAUGAUAGUAAUUUAGAGAACUUUACACCUGUUGGGAAAAGGAAAACUGCAGAUUCUGCUAAUUUUGAGGGUAACAACAAUGUUGGAGAGGAUUCAACUGUAAAAACUAGUACUAAUGUUGUCAAGACUCCUCCUAUUAAGUCCUCAGUAUCUCCUGAGAUUCAAUGUAAUGUGUUAUCUGCAACCUCUGCUUCUGCUGCUGUCACACCUUGUUAUAGUGCCGGCCAUGUUCUAUCAGGAAUCAGUGACAAACGAAAAUGCAGGCCUAUAGGGAUCCUCACUGUGCCUUUGGACUGUGAGAAAUCUAGCAAGAAAGGCUGCAUUAUUGGGAUGAUUGAUGAUGAGAAAGCAGAUUCUUUAGUGCCACUGCCUGCUGAGGCCUCAAUGCACUGGCUUUCAUCUUCGUGUGGCGAAGAAAACCAAAUUAGGGGGCCUGAGUUGCCUUAUUCUCCUUCAUUUUGCUGUAAAGUUGAUUGUGAUGUGUUGCCUUGUCAAAGAAUGCCUUGUUGUAAGGCUACUGAACUUCAUGAAGAAAGAAAUAUCAUCAAGUCUCCACUUUCUGGGAGCUCUGUGAGCAGUGAUAAUGUGAUCCAGACACCCAGCUCGGAUUCCGCCUCAGAUAGGCACACCACUUUUUCUUGCUUAAAUGUUGAUGAUAAGCAUGAAUUUGAAUCUGAACUUGAUAAUGGAUUGGCAGAAGUUGUUAAUGGAGCAAAGUUACCUCUUCAGAAUUCUUAAUCAGGCAAAAUAUCAAGGGUUUCGUGGCGGGGUGGAGUAAUAAUCAAUCAGAUUUCUUAGACAGAUGAAGAAAAUGAAGCAAUGGGAUACAGUUACAAUGAUCGAAUGUUAGAUCCCGAAUUCAAAAGCAAUGAUGUCUUGAUCAAGAACCUUGCUUUUCUAGGAAUAGGAAGGGAAAAUUCUCACCACGAAUGUGUAGUUCUUCAGAGGAUUCAACUUGGACUAUGCUGCAAAAAUAAAUUGUUUCUAUUGAUGAAUGUUUUGCAUUUCUGUGUGUAGCUUCUUGUAGUAAAAGUUUUGUUCUUCAGCCCAGAACCUCUUUUUAACUUCUUGGGGGGUCUGAUUCUUGCAGAAACAAUUGUCAUUCAAUGUUACUGAGAACCAACCACAGUCUCAUUUUAUAACACUAUGUUUUCUGCAGAACAUAGGAUUAUGUAACCUCUGUUGCAAUGCUGUUGUGGAAGAAAAGAUGAAAUACUUCAAGCUUA